CCACGAUGAGAUUAAGAUGAGGUGGGCAAAGAGAGAAAGAGAGCGAAGGGACGCCGCGGGAUGUCGCAGCGGGUGCUCGCGCCGUCCCCAUCAACACUUUCCCUCGACACGGAAUAGGGGAAAUGGGAUACGAAGAACAGGACGAAAUAUAAAGCUCGUCAACGGGACGUUUCCCCCGCAGUUCUCCAUCAACCCACUAUCAUUCGUUCAGACUACCCGGUCCUAUUUCCUCUUCUCAGACAGCACCAGUAUCUCCUCCCAAUAACAUGCACUGCUCUGAGAGGUCCAUUCCAUGGAGAACCCCUUUGAUUGCCAUGAGCCUCUUCAUGGUUGUUACGUCGGCAUACCCUUCGAAGGAUCCUGAAGGAAUCAUCACUGACUUGUCGAAGAAGUCAUUUCAGGAUUUGCAGUGCAAGGGAAUGUUCCACAAAGCCACAUUUGCCCGACUUGAUCAAGUCUGUGAAGACUGCUUCACCGUUUACAUGAAUCCUGACAUUCACUCGAAAUGCAGGGAGAGAUGUUUCAACAACAAGAUAUUCCGUGGUUGCCUUGAUGCUUUACUUUUGAGCCAUGAGAAGGAGGUGUAUGACAACAUGGUUGAUUAUGUUGGUGGAUGGUGAAUCUGCACUUGGCCACAUGAUCCUCUAGGCCAAUCAUCGAAUCUCUAUCCAUGACAUGCAUGAUGCCAGUAAUGAUCAAUGUGAUGCUACUGCAUUGCCUCAGUUUUUGUGUAAUGGCUGUACUCCUCAGAUUCAUCUGAAUAAAGCCAAAAUGAU